UCAGUCACGAUCAGCUGUUUUGCACUUUCGCAGACAGCGCCUGCCGCUAGAUAGCGUUCGCGUUUCGCCUCACAUUCAACGAGUGGCUCAGGCUCAACUCUCUUCUCUUUGUCAGUUUGUUUUGUUUAGUCUACACUCUACAGGCAGGCAGACAGCUUUUGUUGUGUGGUUCACGGUUUUCAUUAUUUCCUCGUGAGUGUCAAAUUCAGUAGUUAUCAUGGGGACAGCCAAAGGGAAAUUAUUGCAAUAACAGGAGUAGGUGUGAUUUGUGUUAGUCAACCAAGUGAUCUUUAUAGUUUGUGGCAAGGAUCCAGCGAUAGUUCUCAAUUUAGUGAGAUUAUACUGAGCUGUUGAUAGAUCAACCAAUUGGUGUGACUUGGAGCAGUCUUGAACCGUGAACCACCUCUACAUCAGCUAGAGACAUCCUAGAUAACCUCAGUAAGAAUGCAGUGCUUCUAGUCUCCAAGGAACAAAAGUCUGCUAGGAAAAGGAGAGUGACGGUUGAAUUUCACCAAGGAAGCCCAAAGUAGCCGGUCCUUAUGAAAAAUUUGUUCGGUCUUAGUGUCUCUAGGAGUUUCAUUUUCGAGUUUUCCGCACAGCCGCAAACCCGGCGGCUCGAGCAUCUCAAUAGGUAUCAUCACCAGUUUCCGUUAGAUCUGCAAGGUUGGCCGCGAAGAUGGACACAGACUGUAUUAUUAUCGUAAUUUAGUUAGCGAAUUUGAACUUAUUUUCAAAUUUUCAGUGUGAUUAGGUUUAGUGCGAUGGAACCGUUACUGGACAAGGAGAAUAGAGUGAACGGGUUGGCUCCCAUUGUGCGAUGGAGCAACCCCACUCCUACUUCAGCGUCACCCUCCUCCAGACAAUCUCCCACAAAGUCCGGAAGUAGUGGGAUCGGACCAGAUUCUCCUGCAGGAACUCCCACAGUGGCCUCGAGUGGAGAAGAACCGAACCUCUUUGCCUCCACUCCGUCAGCAAUAUCUUGUAACAAUAAUGAAUCUCCAGAGAAUGCGACGACAAUAAUUGAAAACCCAGGGUACGAAGUGAAAUUCAAGGAGCCAGAGAUAGCCGACUCUAUCAUCAGUAGUGAUUCCUACAUGGAUGAAGACAGUGAGGAAGAUAAACCAAAGAUCCCAGAUGGAGGGUGGGGAUGGGUUGUAGUCAUGGCCUCUUUAGUUAUCAGUAUGAUUGCCGACGGAAUUAGUUUUUCAUUUGGGCUGCUCUUCCUAGAGUUUUUGAAAGAGUUUGAAGCUAGUAAAAGUGCGACCUCUUGGAUUGGAAGUCUAUUCAUGGCUGUUCCACUGAUGUCUGGGCCAAUAUGUUCUGCCCUUGUGGAUCGGUACGGAUGUCGAUGGAUGACAAUACUCGGAGGGUUGAUCUCAGGGUUGGGAUUUAUCUUAAGCACAUUCUGUGACACCAUAUAUCUCAUGUACCUAACUUUUGGAGUUAUAGCUGGUAUUGGGCUGGGCUUGUGUUAUGUCACCGCCGUUGUCAGUAUAGCUUACUGGUUUGACAAGAAGCGUACCCUAGCCACCAGCUUGGGGGCCUGUGGUACAGGUAUUGGAACUUUCGUGUAUGCUCCAAUGACUCAGUUUUUCAUCAACGAGUUCGGUUGGAGAGGGACUGUUCUCCUCCUGGCUGGAACAUUCUUCAACAUGUGUGUCUGCGGCGCUGUCAUGAGAGACCCUGAGUGGUGGACAGAGGAGCAAAACAAGGGCGGUACUUUGUCAAAACAGUCUAAAAAUACUUCCUCCUGUGGAUCCAUCUCUGGAAGAUCAGCUGCCAGUGAAUUUCCUGGAGUGGAAGAAAUUCGGAAAAUGAUGAAGUCUGGAGAAACUCCAGAGUAUUUACUGACUGCUUUGGCAACGUCAAUGAAGAAAGAGGGAGAAGAAGCGCCCGCUGAUGGUAACAUUCAUAAUUUCCACUCUGUGGUCAACCUACCAACCUUCAUUCGCCAAAAUGAGAAGGUACCCCUAGAAGUGUUGGAGUCGUUGAAGGCUAACCAGCGCCUUUACAAUCUCAUCGUGGAGAACUACCCUAGUCUGUUGUUAUGUCGCAGUAUCAGCGACCACGGCCAUCUUAACAAGGCGGGUAUGGGUGAAGUGAUCAGUACUCGAGUGCCAGUCCCAGUCACUAUGUCAGUAAAGGUGAAACCUCAUGCGAAGAAAACAGAAAUCACAUCACCACUGAACGACUCAGUAACACAACCCCUGGUGCCAGAGGCUCGAGAAGUCACAGUGAUCGAGAAUAAAGAGGAAGAUGCCACAAGCCCUAGCGAAGUUGGCCAUCGUGAGCUCAAAUCGCGAGGCGUUCCUCCAGCCAGAGUAGACAGCGUUCCUUGGCUACGCAGACAGUUCAGCCUCAAGGAGAACACUAAUCCCCACUAUCUCAAGCACAUCAAGGUCCACAGGGACUCUGUGAUGUACCGAGGAGCGAUGUUGAACAUACACAAGUACCACCUGAGAGCAACGUCUUGCCCUGACAUAUAUCGCAACUCCAUGACAACCAUAGCUCGGGAGGCACCUGAGAACUGGCGAGAGGAUCUGAAAGAGCUUCUGAGCGAUAUGAUGGACUUCUCUAUGUUUCUGGAGCUCCACUUUCUGCUUAUGUCCCUCGCAACCAUCCUUCUGUUCACAUGGUUUAUUGUGCCGUACUUCUACAUCACUGACUUCAUGAAGGUCUAUGGGAUGACAGAAGACCAAGGAUCAGUUAUAAUCAGUGUCAUCGGAAUAACCAACACCAUUGGAAUGAUUGGGCUGGGGUGGGCCGGAGACCAGCCCUGGAUGAAUGUGCCCAAAGUGUACGCAGUGUGUCUGGUAGCUUGUGGUAUCUCUAUCAUCGGCAUGCCUCUGAUGAUGUUUAACUACUAUCUGCUGAUGGUGACUUGUGCUCUCUUCGGUAUCUUCUUCGCCUCCAACUUCUCAUUCACCCCGACCAUCCUGGUACAGUUGAUACCUCUGGAGAGGUUCACAACAGCUUACGGCCUUGUGUUGUUGUGUCAAGGGAUUGGCAAUCUUCUGGGCCCUCCGUUGGCUGGUUGGAUGUUUGACCUGACACAAGAUUGGGACUUGAGUUUCUACAUGGCCGGGGUCUGGAUCAUUGUCAGUGGAGUGUUAGUCGCCUUCAUACCUUACACCAAAAACAGGCUCAUCUGGGGCGAGGGCACACUAGAGAAGGAUAAAGAUAGCAUCGCUUAAACAUUGUGCUUCAAGCAGUCUUUUUAAGGAAAUCUUUCAGUAAGUUUUUCUAUAAGAUAUCGGUCAAGCUUUUAACUCUACGUUUGGACUCCAAAUUUCCAAAUUUAUUUUUAAAAAUAGUUUCUUAAUAGAUUCUACAUAUUGUUAGAAAGAGCGUACCAUUAAUUAAGUAGCAAAUGCAAGUACUUAAGAGAUGUUUUAGAGCUUUGUACAUCAAAAUGAUGUUUAAUAGCUUUAUUUUAGCCAAUAAAUAUGGUAAUAUACUGUAUAUUUAUAGUCCUGUGUUCUUUAUGUGUAGGAUUCAGUUUCUUAAGUAAAACCCUAAAUUACUUAAAUAGUGUUUAGCAUUUUAUUUGUCCUUGUGAUUAGCUUAGUGUAUCAAUUACACACUAAAUAAUAGUAUGAUCAAUGAAAAUAUGUUUAACAUUGUAUACUUAAUAGUUUUAAGUUCAGUAUUUCAAGGGCAGUUGAGAAAAAAAAAAGUGUUUUCUCAGUAAGUAAUGACAGUUAGUUAGUUACAGCGGUAUAAUCUUUUCCAGAAAAGAUUCAUUAAAACUUAAUAUUUUGUCCUUAAGAAUCUUCCUCUUUGGUAAAUUUACUUAGGAAAUAAUAGGUAUUUAAAGUUAAUAGUUUUAUCUAAAUGUAUUUUUGACUGAAAUAACUACCCUCCAAAACAAUUAAUUUCUCACUGUAAUUUUUUUUAUAUAAAAGUGAAACCCGUCAUAAUUUGUUGGUAUUUGUUGAUAUUGUUUUUAAAACUCGUAGAUUUUGUGAUUGUUUUGUUGUCUGCCGUUAUAAAUUAUUAAUAAGCCAAAAAGAAAUUACCCACAUAUCUCAUUAGCUUAAUUUAUAUUGUUAGAGUCUCUACCAUGAAUAAAAUUGAACUAGAUGCAGAAAAAACCGGGUUUGGUCAAUCAACAGUGUAAAUGGUAGAGUUAUCAAACUUGCCUACUGUUGUGGUGCAUCAACAAUUAAUUGUAUAGGGUAGUUAAUUGUGUGUUUUGCACAUUUAAGUAAUUUUUCUUAAUGUCCACAAUUGUGUACAAACCAUUUACAUUGUUUGCUAGGAGCAUAAUAUUGUACAUUAUGUUUGUGCUUCCAUUCAAGUUUUAGAUUUUUUUGUUGUUUUGGAGUACCAAUGUUAACCCUUUGGGUGCCAGAAAUUUAUUUUGGUACUUUCCAAAAAGUGCCAAAGUUUUUUACUAGGUAUGUCCGAAAAGUGCAAGGCUUAGCGUAUUGAGCAAGAAUGAAAAUCUUUAAAAGUAUAAAUUUUCAUCCCAAAAGUGCCAAGGAACAAUAUAUUGUGCCUCGAUCGUAUGAAAAAUCUAAUGAAAUAAUCGUUGUUUUAAAAUAACAACUGAGUCGACCAUAAUCGAAAGUCGCACCGGCCCGAUAAUAUUGUUGUGAAGUAGUUUUUGGAUGUUCCAUGCAAAACGAUAUAUCGUUGCAUGGCACUCGAAGGGUUAAGAGUUGGUGUUGCAGAGGUUUAUAGAUUAGAGAAGAAACUUAUUGCAAAAAACUCACAGUAAAUUAUUUAUGAUAGAACGAUAGAAGUUUUAGCAGCAUAAACGUACAUAUUUUUCUUAAUAUUUAAACAAAGUUGUGAACUGGUGUAAUUUAACCUCUACGUGAAAAGUUAACUUUACUUUCUCAAUUUGAAUCUUGUUACUGAGUCUAAAUUUAAUGAAGCUUAAUAACGUACUGCUACAUUUGUAUUUUGGAGCAGAGGUAAAGAAUGUAUAAUUUUAUGAUCCUAAUUGAGAAAUACAUAUUUAUUUGUGGGUGAUUUCUUUUGACUUUUCAAAAAUAUGAGUCUAAAACUUAAUUCUGAUUAAUACGAUCAAUGUAUGGAAACAUUUACUUGGAAACUUUGAAAUCUAGUUUUGCGUAUUUGUUACUUUAUGGAGUAUUCUCGCUUGGGGAUCUUUAUUGUGUAUCGUAUACACAAGUUUUAUUGUUUGUGUUACAAGUGCUUUAAGUAGUAUUUUUAAUUAGUUUGUCUAAGGUUUGUACCUGUUAGUAAUAAGGUGCUAGAUUUUCCUGAAAGACUGUUAAAACACUGUCGAUAUUUCAGAUAGUUUUUUUAGUUAGUUUUUGUUAGUUUAGACUUAACCUAUAUAAUGAUUGUAGAAAGUUAAGUUUUCUCAAAGGAAUAUAGUCAAAAUCAAAACAAUCAAUAUAAACAAAUAACCAUACAGAUAGCAUGAGUGAUCUAACAAUACUUGUCAUUCUAGUUCUGGCCGGUGAAAAUUCCCUAGUAGUUAAAAAUAAAUUUAUCUUCUGUAUAGUAUAAAACAUAGUUUAGAUCAGUGGCGGCCGGUGCAUCAGGGAUUUUGGUCGGAGUACUUUUAUUACAGAAAUAAACACACUAAAAACGUGUUUUGGAAUAAUACAGAAUUUUUGACACACAAAUUAUUGUGCAUCGAAACUUUAAACAGAUAGUGAUAAAGGAACUCUUUAAUAUUACAUUUGGUUAAGAUCAUUUAGUUAAAUUAAUUGAACUACAUUGUUUGAAUCUUUUAUCACAGACCCAUUGUUGUUGUUGUUAUGGUUUGGUGAUCCCUCCAGUCUCUUCUGGUUUGUAACACUUGUUUUACGUUUACAAAAUUGGAAUUAUAAAUAGUACUUUUUAGCUCAGAGUUAUUUAAUUAUGGUAUAUUGAUAGUUUUUUACAAAUAAUAUUUUGUUUUUUGCUUGGUUGGAUUUUUUUUUACCAGUUUUAACUAGCAGUUAAUUAUAACUAUUUUUCUUAUUUUGUUUCUUUUUAUUUCCUAUUAUUUGUAAUAUAAGAGAAAAUAAAUCAACGAAACUAGGACUUCCAUAAAAGUUUGAAAUGCAACCUGCAACUGAAAAUAAAUUAUCUUUUCUUACAGUCACCCGACAAAGUUGGCUUCCUUGUACUGUUCAUAGUACAGAAAGCUGCUAAUUGCUGCAUAUUUAUACUUCGUCGUACGGUUUAUGCUUUGGCGCACAUCAGGAUUCCAACGAAACAACACAAAACAGCGUGGUUCUACUGUAUUAUGCACGUAAUCCGUGUACGCUUGGAAAUAGGUUGGCAACACUUAAAGAUAAUAAUACCAUGAGCAGCUGAUUGACUAUUAUAACUACGAUUUAACCUGUCAUUUUGUGUUUAUAGUUUUGGUAUUUCUGAACUUUCUGGACUUUCCUUUAAAACGUUUUUAAAACAUUCCUACGAUCUUAAUAAACAAGAAAAUACCUUUAAAGCAUUUUUUGUAGGCGGGGAAACCACUUCAAAUUACAAAAACAUACGGAACUAUAUUCUCAAGUUGCGGAGCACAUUUCUUGCCGAGGAAAAAUAGCGGAGUGAUACGGACCGGGUACUACUUUCUCUAGGGCACCUAUUUGUGUUGCCAGCUGAACCUAAAAACGUGUUGUAUAGUGUUUGAAAGACUAAUUAUUUAUAUGCUUUAUAGUGACUGUAGGAAAAAUAUAAUGUGUAACACGAGUGCAAAAGGCGUUUGCUGCACUCGAGAUCAUUCCGCACUCGCCUGCGGUUUGUGCGUAAACAUUGCUCUCGUGUGCAGCAAAGUGCCACUUUGCCCACUAGUUACACAAAUAACACUAUAUUCUACUCUCAAUAACAAUUUCCAUCAAACGGCGUCUAACUGUCACUGUGACCUUUUCAUCAGUCUAACAAAAUAAUUAUAAUUACAAAAAAGUUAACCACACAUUGCUUAUGGUUACUUAUAACUAGAUCAUAAGUAUUUAGUUUCCUGCACCAUCAUAAAAAGAAGGCUGUGCUUUUAUUAGUGUUUGUUUUAUUCUUUACACAUUAUUUGUUAAAAUAUUGCUAAUCAAUCAUUUUUUGUAGACUAGGAACCGGAUAGGCUUAGAUCUUCAUUUGCAAUAUUAGACUGGACAAUCAGAUAACGAUUUUAGACACAAAAUAUUUCCAUAGAUAUAAAAUAGUAUAUCACUUUUUGUUAAAAACAAAAUAGUAAGUCUUUAAGGUUGGUCAAUGAUUUUGUUAUCAAACAGGUACUGUUUUGUGUGAGCAUCAAGUAAAUUUUUCUUGUGCUGCCAUUAUCAUAAAUUAUUAAGUGUGACAAAAGUUAGACAUUUUGUCCGUGUUGGAUUCACUAUGGAAAUAAGAGCCUGUGGAGAGAACCUAGAGCUGUAGACGAUUCCAAUUUGUUCCUACUUUUAGUUUACACAUAGAUUUUUCUACAAUUGAAAUCAUCACCAUGGUUAGUUUCCUGAGCAAGAACAGGUUUUGUUUUUGACUUGCAAUGGCCAAAAACUCACACCUUCAGUUAUGUUAUUAAUCAGAGUAUCAGUCACGUUAGGAAUUGGCAAGAAAAUGAAUAGCUUGACUCUAGAUAAAUAACUUAUUUUAAGGCUCUGGUCUGUAAUCUAUAGAUGUUAAGUGAAUGGAAGAUAUGUGUAGAAAUGAAUAAGGUAUUUUAGCAGCCUAGACCAACCUAAACUAUUGGUACCUAUUGUCAUUUACUGUACUUGAUCAAUAACUUUUUGUUUUUAUUCUUAUUUUAAUCAUCAUAAGUUUAUUUCAAUAGGAUAAAAUCGUAUAGCCAUUUCUAAGGAUUUGAAAAACAUUAAUGUUUCAAUACUACCUACCUACGUCAAACAACAGAGUCUUAUAUACUGCCUAUAAUGCCUUUGUACUAUGUAAUGCCUUGCCCGUAUACUGUAUAGACCUGUGAGUAAAAAGUUGCAUCGAA